AUGGAUAUAACAGAUUUUUAUACAAUAGAAACUCCACCAUCAUCAUCAUCAACAAGUAAAGAUUCAACAGAUGAAUCAUCAUCAUUAUUAUUAUUUCAAUCAAAGAAUAAAUUCAAACUAUCAUCAUCAAAAACUAAUAUUGAACAAACUUCUAAUCAUGCAAUUAUUUGUUCAACAUCAACAUCAUCUUUACCAACAAAUUCAAGUACAAUUAAAGAUGAUGAGUUCGGUUCUUCAUUAUAUAAUGAUAUGCAUGGACCAUUACGUCGAACAAUGGGAAAUACAAAAUUAAAAACUCGUCAAGAUGUUCGUCGUUUUCGUAAGUUUUUAAAACGUAAUUAUGAUAUAUCAUCAUUGACAUUGAUUGACAUUGAUCCGGAUACCAUGCGUACAUAUUUAAUACAUUAUUUAACAUCAAUACGAACACGUAAAGGUUCAAAAUAUGAUCCUGAAACACUUCGUUCGUAUUAUUUAAGUAUCCAAAGAUUUUUAAAAGAUUCAAAUUAUCCAUAUUGUUUACGUAAUUCACCACAAUUUGCACAAUGUAGAGAUUUAAUAAUACAAAUGAGAAAAGAAAAAAAUCAAAUAAAAACAAAUGAUUUAUCAUCAUCAUCUGAAACAAAAACAAAACGAAUAAUAAUGAAAAAAAUUUCAACAAAUGAACAAACGUAUUCAACAUUAUCAAAUAUGAAUUCCGACAAUCAACAAAUUCAAUUUAAUGAUCAAAUAAAUUCUCCAGAAAUGAAUCUUCCAAUGGAAUCGAAGAAUUGUCUUGUAUUAACAAAAGAUCUUCUUCCGUCAUCUUCACUUCCACCACGUAAACGACAAAUCAAAUAUUUUCUUGAAUUUGGUUCACCAGAUGAUUUUAUUCUUCUACCAAAAAUAUCAUCAUCAUCAUCUUCAAUUCAAUUACGUUCGUCAAUUCUUUCAUCAGAUGCCUAUUUACUUCUUGUGAAAUUUACUCAUUCAUCAUCAAUUGUUGUUCUAUCCUCCUCAUCAUCAUUAGAUUCUUCUAGUCAACGAUCUACUAAUCAAUUUGAACAAUUACUUGAUGAAUCACCAGCAUGUGGAAAUAUUCAACGUUCAAUGUUAACAUCAUUAUGUCAUGAAUGGACAGGUGAUAUUCGCCUUAUACAUUCAAAUCUUCGACCAGAACUUAAUUCAUUUUUACCUCAUAUAUUACUUCUUAAUAUACUUUCAUCAAAAUAUUCAUGUUAA